AUGUAUCCCAAAAAGCUUUUAUGCGUUCACUGCACUUUACCGCCGCAACAACGGUGCGCGACGGCCGCGCAACACGCGAAUCGCAAUCAUGGCGGAGACAAUCGAAGAAACAUACGAGACUUCGGUCACCCGCAAGGUGGUCCGCACGAGCCUCAAGAUAGAGGAGGUGAGGACUCGACUGCUUUAUCUACGACACAAAUAGCGCACGCGUCGACGACGCCGCAUCUGCUCACAUAA